UCCAGCUUCUCAGGGCCUACCUUUAGGCCGCAGAGGGCAACCAGCGCAAACUUCAACAAUGGGUGAUGUUGAGAAAGACAAGAAGAUUUUUGUUCAGAAGUGUGCCCAGUGUCACACCGUGGAAAGAGGAGGCAAGCACAAGACCGGACCCAAUCUCCACAGUCUAUUUGGGAGGAAGACCGGGCAAGCCGCCAGCUUCUCCUACACAGAUGCCAACAAGAACAAAGGCAUCACCUGGGGGAGGACAUCACCUGGCAUCACCUGGAUGGAGUACCUGGAGAAUCCCAACAAGUACAUCCUGGGCACCAAGAUGAUCUUCGCCGGCAUUAAGAAGAAGGAUGAGAGGGCAGACCUGAUAGCUUAUCUCAAAAAAGCCACUAAUGAGUAGUGCUUGGCCACUGCCUUACUUAUUACAAAACAGAAAUGUCUCAUGACUUUUUUAUUGUCCACCAUAAUUUAAUUCUCCUAUACCAGAAUUCAGAUCAUGAACAGCUGACAGAAUAGUUUUGUAUGGCAGUCCUGAUUU